CGUUUGGGGAUUUUUUUUUGCGCGUGUUUGGAGGCUCACCUGAGUACUAGAAAUGACUUGGCGGUUUCUACCUGCGCUGCUAACGUAUCUGAUCGUCGCUGUCCAUAGCGAUCCCAAUGCAAAGGGGCCAAAGUGGACCUACACGGGACCUGAUGGAGAGCUUUACUGGAACAAAAACUUCCCAUAUUGUGGUGGGGUGCACCAGUCCCCUAUUGACAUACGCAGUGAUGUGGUGCAGUAUGACGCCUCCCUGCAGCCAGUUGAACUUCUCUACUAUAAUGUGUCUGGGGCCUCAAUGCUGAACCUGAAAAACAAUGGGCAUUCAGUGGAAUUGUCACUGCCAUCCAGCAUGUGCAUCGGAGGUCUGCCCUACCGUUACUCUGCAGCUCAGCUACACCUGCACUGGGGGAGCACUAUGCAGCCAUGGGGCUCGGAGCACACCAUCAAUGGAAAGCGAUUUGCAGCAGAGCUGCACAUUGUGCAUUUCAAUUCUGACAAGUAUGCAGACCUGACGACAGCUGCUGACAAAGCAGAUGGCCUGGCAGUGCUUGGUGUUUUCAUUAAGGUUGGUCAGUUCAGUCCAGCAUUUGCCAGAAUUCUGAAGCACUUGAGCAGUGUAAAAUUUAGAGAUCAGGUUAUUCAAGUGUUGCCGUUUGAUAUCCGGGACCUCCUCCCUGAGAAGCUUGAUGAAUAUUACCGUUAUGAUGGCUCUCUAACAACACCCCCCUGCUACCCCAGUGUUCUGUGGACCAUCUUCAGAGAGCCAGUAGAGAUUUCUUCAGAGCAGCUGAACAUGUUGGUGUCAAAGUUGUAUUGCAACAGUUUCCAAGAGACUGUACCAGUAAUGAUGGUCGAUAACUUUAGGCACACCAAGGAUGUGAAUCAAAGACAGGUCUCUGCUUCCUUCCGUGAAGGACAAGCCAGAACUUCAAGGGUGCCACCUCCAAACCUGCGCAGACAUCUUAUCCAGAAGUUGAAGUUUGAAGACUUGGGGGACCUCACUGAUGAUGAAAUGACUGGAAUACCAUAUUCAAAGUUUGGAUAUCCUGACCUUCCAGCUAGCAAACGGACUGGUAGAGUGACUCAAGGAGCUAAUGAUGUGGACUGGGAGAAGCGGUCCACAGGGCAUGCCCCAGGAGCCUUGCCAGAAUACUGGAGCUACUCUGGGAUUAUUGGGGAGACAGGAAAUCCGAAAUCUAAAGACUCCCCCUUCAGUUUCAGUGCCUUGGAGAAGUAUGUUCGAUUACUGAAGAAGAGUUAUUCCUCAAGAGAGUUUGUAUCUGCUAUUAGCGAAGCGGUGUGUCCAGAACUAAACGUUCGAAGCUACCUUGAAGGAAGAUCUUCUCUCAUGCCGGCAACUGUGCAGAGAAUCCUGCAAGUUAGACGAGCCAAAGAGGCUGCAGAACUCAAUCACGUCCCAAGAAGAAUCGCUCGUGGGCAAAGGGGUAGCUUCAACGCCCCACGAGCAGGGAUUGCUCAGUCCUCUCGUGUUCAAGCUGUCCACCCCAAAGUGCGACGCACUAGCAAUUACCAUCCAAAAGUCUGGAAUGGUGGAAACUCUGUUCAUCUGCGUAGGAUGAAUAUAGAAGAUUAGGUUUGUGGUUACACACCACAAGAUAAACACCUCCAAGACUGAGACUUGUGAACUUGUCUAAUAUCCUGCCUUUUGUUCUUUAGGCCAGUGACCUGGAGCAGUAUCUGCCCCAGGAAGCUUGACUUUAAUGCCAAGUACAUGAAGGUUGUGAUUUGACUGAAGCAAAGCAAACUUGGUCAAGGCAGAGGUUGGAGUCUCAAGGUCCUUUUUUGUUUGUUUUUGCCUUUUUUAUGGAAUAUUGUAAUGUUAAAUUUUGGGUUUUGCAUUUGGUGAGAAGUCAAUUUAGCAUGUAUAGUACGUACAUUGCCCUACCUUUUUUUUUUUUUUUUUUUUGAAAAAAUCUGGAAAUCUGUCCUGUCACUAAUGGAGUUUAUUCAUUGCAAAUGGAAUUGUUGCUGGACUAUGCAUGUCAGAGUAACAUGUGCAUCAAAUGAAGAGAACCUGUUGCCCAUUUGGGGUCUGAAUUUGUCUAGCCUUCCUCGCCCUACCUCAUUAUUUGGCAGUAUAUGUACACAAACGUGUGUUAUUUCAGCGUUGCCAAGCCAAAAUGAUGUUGGUCUAUCGAAAUAAAUAUAAUUAUGAUGGGUCUGGUC